UUGGGCUGGCAGCCAGGCAGCCUCAGCAGAGGGGACACGAGGGUGACACCGCCGCUGCCGUGAUGGACAGCAGGGACCCACGGCUGCCGAUCUUCAGCUCUCCAAAGCCACCUCGGGGCAGCACUUCCCUGGCCUCUGGUGUAAGCAGGUCACCAAUGACACCCCCGGGACCCCCCCAUGCCUGGCACCCGCCAGUGACACGGUCCCCGGCCUCUGGGUGCCCCAGGGACACAUCUCUGGUCACCAGGCACCCCAAGGACAUGUCCCCAGCCACUGGGAUCCCCAGGGACACGUCUCCAGUCAUGCGAUGCCCCAGGGACACAUCCCCAAUCACUGAGAGCCCCAGGGGUGUGUCACCGGCCACCAGGAGCCCUAGGGACAUGUCCUUGGUCACUGAGCGCCCCAAGGACAUGGUCCUGGACAGCAGGCAUCCUAAGGAUGUGUCCUCAGUCACCAGGACCCCCAGGGACGUGUCACCAGCCACCAGGCACCACAAGGAUCCAUCACCAGCAACCAAGCACAAGAGGGACGCAGUCCUGGCCACCAGGCACCCUGAGGACACCUCCCUGGUCACCAGGUGCCCCAGAGACCCCUUACCAGUGGCCAGGUGCCAGAGGGACAUCUCACUGUCCAGCAGGCACCCCGCAGACAUGUCCCCAGCCAGCAGACACUCUAAGGACACAUCCCCAGGCACGAGGCUCCCCAGGGAGAUGUCCCCAGGCACAAGGCUCCCCAGGGAGAUGUCACCAGCCACCAGGGACUGCAGGGACAAGUUCCUGGCCUCCAGGUACCCUGAAAAGAUGUCACCAGCCUUGAGGCAUCCCGACGAGACAUUGCCAGCCACUGGGCACCCCAGGGACACAUCCCCACUCACCAGGCAGCCUGAGGAGAUGUCACCAGUCUCAGAGCACCACAGGGACAAGUUCUUGGGCACCAGGUACCCUGAAAAGAUGUCACCAGCCUUGAGGCAUCCCGACGAGACAUUGCCAGCCACUGGGCACCCCAGGGACACAUCCCCACUCACCAGGCAGCCUGAGGAGAUGUCACCAGUCUCAGAGCACCACAGGGACAAGUUCUUGGGCACCAGGUACCCUGAAAAGAUGUCACCAGCCUUGAGGCAUCCCGACGAGACAUUGCCAGCCACUGGGCACCCCAGGGACACAUCCCCACUCACCAGGCAGCCUGAGGAGAUGUCACCAGUCUCAGAGCACCACAGGGACAAGUUCUUGGGCACCAGGUACCCUGAAAAGAUGUCACCAGCCUUGAGGCAUCCCGACGAGACAUUGCCAGCCACUGGGCACCCCAGGGACACAUCCCCACUCACCAGGCAGCCUGAGGAGAUGUCACCAGUCUCAGAGCACCACAGGGACAAGUUCUUGGGCACCAGGUACCCUGAAAAGAUGUCACCAGCCUUGAGGCAUCCCGACGAGACAUUGCCAGCCACUGGGCACCCCAGGGACACAUCCCCACUCACCAGGCAGCCUGAGGAGAUGUCACCAGUCUCAGAGCACCACAGGGACAAGUUCUUGGGCACCAGGUACCCUGAAAAGAUGUCACCAGCCUUGAGGCAUCCCGACGAGACAUUGCCAGCCACUGGGCACCCCAGGGACACAUCCCCACUCACCAGGCAGCCUGAGGAGAUGUCACCAGUCUCAGAGCACCACAGGGACAAGUUCUUGGGCACCAGGUACCCUGAAAAGAUGUCACCAGCCUUGAGGCAUCCCGACGAGACAUUGCCAGCCACUGGGCACCCCAGGGACACAUCCCCACUCACCAGGCAGCCUGAGGAGAUGUCACCAGUCUCAGAGCACCACAGGGACAAGUUCUUGGGCACCAGGUACCCUGAAAAGAUGUCACCAGCCUUGAGGCAUCCCGACGAGACAUUGCCAGCCACUGGGCACCCCAGGGACACAUCCCCACUCACCAGGCAGCCUGAGGAGAUGUCACCAGUCUCAGAGCACCACAGGGACAAGUUCUUGGGCACCAGGUACCCUGAAAAGAUGUCACCAGCCUUGAGGCAUCCCGACGAGACAUUGCCAGCCACUGGGCACCCCAGGGACACAUCCCCACUCACCAGGCAGCCUGAGGAGAUGUCACCAGUCUCAGAGCACCACAGGGACAAGUUCUUGGGCACCAGGUACCCUGAAAAGAUGUCACCAGCCUUGAGGCAUCCCGACGAGACAUUGCCAGCCACUGGGCACCCCAGGGACACAUCCCCACUCACCAGGCAGCCUGAGGAGAUGUCACCAGUCUCAGAGCACCACAGGGACAAGUUCUUGGGCACCAGGUACCCUGAAAAGAUGUCACCAGCCUUGAGGCAUCCCGACGAGACAUUGCCAGCCACUGGGCACCCCAGGGACACAUCCCCACUCACCAGGCAGCCUGAGGAGAUGUCACCAGUCUCAGAGCACCACAGGGACAAGUUCUUGGGCACCAGGUACCCUGAAAAGAUGUCACCAGCCUUGAGGCAUCCCGACGAGACAUUGCCAGCCACUGGGCACCCCAGGGACACAUCCCCACUCACCAGGCAGCCUGAGGAGAUGUCACCAGUCUCAGAGCACCACAGGGACAAGUUCUUGGGCACCAGGUACCCUGAAAAGAUGUCACCAGCCUUGAGGCAUCCCGACGAGACAUUGCCAGCCACUGGGCACCCCAGGGACACAUCCCCACUCACCAGGCAGCCUGAGGAGAUGUCACCAGUCUCAGAGCACCACAGGGACAAGUUCUUGGGCACCAGGUACCCUGAAAAGAUGUCACCAGCCUUGAGGCAUCCCGACGAGACAUUGCCAGCCACUGGGCACCCCAGGGACACAUCCCCACUCACCAGGCAGCCUGAGGAGAUGUCACCAGUCUCAGAGCACCACAGGGACAAGUUCUUGGGCACCAGGUACCCUGAAAAGAUGUCACCAGCCUUGAGGCAUCCCGACGAGACAUUGCCAGCCACUGGGCACCCCAGGGACACAUCCCCACUCACCAGGCAGCCUGAGGAGAUGUCACCAGUCUCAGAGCACCACAGGGACAAGUUCUUGGGCACCAGGUACCCUGAAAAGAUGUCACCAGCCUUGAGGCAUCCCGACGAGACAUUGCCAGCCACUGGGCACCCCAGGGACACAUCCCCACUCACCAGGCAGCCUGAGGAGAUGUCACCAGUCUCAGAGCACCACAGGGACAAGUUCUUGGGCACCAGGUACCCUGAAAAGAUGUCACCAGCCUUGAGGCAUCCCGACGAGACAUUGCCAGCCACUGGGCACCCCAGGGACACAUCCCCACUCACCAGGCAGCCUGAGGAGAUGUCACCAGUCUCAGAGCACCACAGGGACAAGUUCUUGGGCACCAGGUACCCUGAAAAGAUGUCACCAGCCUUGAGGCAUCCCGACGAGACAUUGCCAGCCACUGGGCACCCCAGGGACACAUCCCCACUCACCAGGCAGCCUGAGGAGAUGUCACCAGUCUCAGAGCACCACAGGGACAAGUUCUUGGGCACCAGGUACCCUGAAAAGAUGUCACCAGCCUUGAGGCACCCCAAGGACACACCUCCAGCCACCAGGCACCCCAAGGACACAUCUCCAGGCACCAGGCACCCCAGGGACACACCUCCAGCCACCAGGCACCCCAAGGACACAUCUCCAGGCACCAGGCACCCCAGGGACACACCUCCAGGCACCAGGCAUCCCGAAGAGGUGUCUCCAGUCUCUGGUCACCAGAAGGACAUGUUCUUGGGCACCAGGUACCCCAAGGAGACUUCCCUGGCCGCCGGGCGCCUCUCAGCAGCAUUCAGUGACGGGGUCCUCACACAAGAGCAGGUGGCUGAGGUGCUGGAGAUGGACCAGGACACUGCCUGCUGCAGACCCCCAGCACCGAGCACACCACGAUCCUUCUCACCCCUGCACACCUACGGCUACAUCUAUGGGCCACCAGCCUCUGAGCUGGGUGAGGAGGAGGAGGAGGAGGAGGAAGAGGAGGAGGAAGAAGAGCAUACAGCCACGAGGGGCUCUCCAGGAGGGUCACUGCUGAACGGCUGGGGGUCUGUGUCAGAGGACAACUUUGCCAGCACCCGCUGCAGCUUGGUGAGCUCCUGUGACAGCUCCUUCCUCCUGGACGCCAGCUUCGCCCGGGCGCUGGCCGUGGCUGUCGAUGGCCUCUGCUGCAGCCUCGAGGACACUGAUGGGCUGUAUGGGGGUCUCUCCCCACCACCGUCACCCUUGGAGCAGGUUUUCCCACCUGGAGGCCACACGACCACCUGGGACUGGUGGACAGCACUGGAGGUCCCACAGAGGACCAGGACAGAGGCAGCCAUGAACAGUAGCUCACAGAACGGUGGCCAGAGGUCAGGGAUUGGCAGCCCCUGGGCCAGGGAAGGUGCUGAGCUGGGGACAGGAGGGACAGGAGCAUGGCAGUCCCCAGGGCGCAGGAUGUAGCAAGGCCAGAAUCCCCUGGGCUCAGCUAAAAUCCAGCUUUAUUAGGCAGUUCCCCAAACAGGGGCUCUUUACUAGGAAAAGCCACCCACAAAGGGUGGGUGGCACCAAGGUGGGUGGCUGUCCCUCCUCAUUCAGCUUUCUUGUCCUUCCCAAGUGCCCUCCUCUUCCACAGUGUCCCCAUCCCUCCUCAGUGUCCCCACUCCUUCCCAAAUUCUUCAUUCCUCCCCAAGAGUCUGCAUCCCUCUAAGUGUCCUUGUCCUUCCUCAGUGUCCUCCUCCUUCCCCAGCAGCCUCAUCGCCUCUAACUAUCCUUCUCCAGCCCAAGCACUGUUGUCCAACCUGUGUCCUUGUCUUUUCCUAGGGUUGUUGACCCCUUGACCAUCCCCAUUCCUGCUGACUAUUCCCAUUCUUUCAAACUGUCCUGCUUUCUGAUACUUCAUGCCCUUCCUCAGCAUCCUUGUCCCAUUUUGUCCAUCCUUGUCUCUCCCAAGUGUUCUCAUCCUUCCCAAGCCACCUGAGUGGCCUUGUGUUCCCUCUAAAUGUCCUUGUCCCUCCUAAUCAUCCUCAUUCUCAGGCUUCCCAGCCCUCCUGAGUGUCCUCAUCCUUCAUCAGUUGUUUUGUCCCCCACGCCAAGUGUCCUUUUCCUUCCCCACUGUCCUCAUCCCCCUGCAACCAUCCUCCUUGUCCCCUUACUACUGUCCUUGUCCCUCCCAAGCAAUCUUAUUUUUCCCAAGUGUCCUAUUCCCCAGCAAUCCUCAAUCCCUGGAAGUCCUUCCUCCAUGUCCUCUUCCCUCCAGGCAUCCUUGUCCCCCAGCCUUCUUUGUCCCUCACCAGCACCCUGCUGUGUCCUUGUCACCCCUGUGUAAUCUUGUCCCCCGCCAAGUGUCCCCUUCCCUUUCGAUCACCUCAUCCCUCCCAGACGUCCUUGUCCUUUCCCAGUAUCUUUGUUCCUCCCAGCUGUGCUUGUCUCCAGGAUCCUUGCCCCACUAAAGCAUCUUCCUCACCCCUCCCCAGCGCCCUCACCCCUCUUCUGCUCAUCUGUCCCGACUGUUUCUGUCCCCAGGGUUCAUGUCCCUCCCUGAGCACCUUCCUUGUCCCUCCUGACCAUCCUUGUCCCUCCCCAGAGUCCUCAUUCCUUGUGAAUUCCUUGCCCCACCCCAAGAAUCCCUGUCCCCCCUCACGCUGACGCCCACCGGUCGCGACCUCUGUGCAACCCUAUUUCCAUGGAGCCACUCAGAAAUUAAAGCACAUCCCUCCGUGUCCCCUGCGUUCCCGUCCCCACGUCCCCGACUCUGCCACCGGCUCGCCCUCCCUUUU